AUGCCUCGGCUACGACGUCAGCUUGAAGAGGAGAGACGGGCGCGAGAAGAGGCAGGGCGCCUCCAGGAAGAGGCAGAACGACGAAUUCAACCAAAUACCCUACUUCGCCUCCUUGAUCGCUGCCAUGAAUCUCUGUCUCAAGCGAUCCGAGUCGAGACGGAUGCUACCCUCACGACUCAGGGCGACGCGACCGACCCAGUGAACCGACUUUACCCCAAGCGCAUAGUCCCUUGGCCUGACUUCCCCCAGCUCCAACAACAAGUCUGGGGCAAACUCGACCGCACCGCUGCCUUUACCUCGCGCCCACUAUUCCCUUCCGAUACUCAAAUCGAUUACGUCGCCACGAAUAUUCAGAACAACCCAAUCUAUUCAGAGACGUCGCUUCGGAACUUUGAGCGAGAUACUGUGGAUAACUUCGUCGAAAAGGUCAUUCAUCCUUUGCGAGACGAUGGAGCUCUUCGCCAUGAGUUUGGAAUCCAAGGCCGAGUUACUUUCUACGAUCGCGUGAACCCAUCGGAAACUUUGUUAGAGAGCAGUCUGGGGCAAAUGAAUCUUCGGGAUACGCGGACACCUCAAAGGCCGGCGAACACAAGGCCCAGAAGAGCCAGAGGAAGAGCGAGAGGCGCAGCGCAGGGGCAGAAAAGGGAAGGCACUGCACGAAGACGCAAUCGCCGCGCCGACCAAUUCUGCGUGCAUAUUGUGGCCAAUGAACGACACAUACCGGUGCAUGCAGUGGAGUUCAAAGCGCCACAUAAAGUGACGAUCCCCGAAUUAGUGGCGGGUCUACAUCAGAUUGAUCUGGCCAGGGAUGCCAUUGACCAGGAGGGUGAUACUUUUGAAUUCUACGCUACCCGCCUCGUUGCCGCCGUGGUCACUCAGAUAUUCUCAUACAUGAUCUACAGUGGAGUUCGAUAUGGUUACAUCUGCACAGGAGAGGCUUUUGUUUUCCUCCAAAUCCCGAAGGAUGAUCCCACCAUUGUUCAAUAUUACUUGUGUAUCCCGAAUCAAGACAUGCAGGCGGACGAUGAAUUUCGCCUUCACCGGACCGCCAUCGGCCAGGUACUUGCGUUCACCCUGCAAGCGCUGACCGCCGACGCUCCUUCUCAAGAGUGGCACGAUGCGGCACACGACAAGCUGAUAGCCUGGGAAGUCGAAUAUUUGGACGUGUUGAGAGAAAUUCCCGAAACCCUGCGCAAAGACCAGCCAGGCUCUAAUUAUCGGCCCUCGCACUGGAAGCGAGAUCGGAAAAUACACAACACACGCUCUCGCACUCGUUGUCAACCAGGCGUUUCUACACCGAAACACCCGUCGACUGAAGGUAACGGCAGCGAAGAGGAAUCACAUUCACCAUCCGCAGCAGCAGCAUCGCGCAGUCGAUCGAGCCGCGACCGCAGCAAUAAAACCCAAUCAAGCAGGGAAAGCGGAAAGACGCGAUCUAGCCGAGACAACAAGCAGAAUUCUCGAAAAGACGGGCAUUCCACGCGACCAUACUGCACCAUUGCCUGCAUCCAUGGCAUAGUCAGCCGACGCCCUCUGGAUAAGAAGUGCCCCAACUGGGAACUCCACGGUCGUGAGAGACACUCCAUGGGACCGCGAGAGUUCACACGCCAGCUUCAUCGCCAGCUUAGCCGAAAUCGAGACCACGGCUUCGAACAGCUCCAUAUCUGUGGUCGGACAGGAUAUCUUAUCAAAGCCACCCUUCUUUCGCGCGGAUACACUGUGAUCAUUAAAGCCACGACUGUGGAGAAGCAGCACCGCCUUGAAGCGGAAGUGGAUAAUUAUUACCGUCUCCGGAGCCUACAGGGACAGCACAUCCCUGUUUGUCUCGGGGCUUUUAUGCCUCGCAUCGCAUAUUGGUAUCAUGGCGAAUUAAUGGCGCGGAUGAUGGUCUUGAGCUGGUCUGGAACGCGUCUUCAGCAUGUCAUCAAUGAGCGGAAUUCCAGCUUCUUUCACCAGGAGCGCGAGAAAGCACUGGCCGUGCUUCGGUUGCACGGAGUUGUGCACGGUGACAGUGAGUGGCGUAAUAUGCUGUGGGAUGACCCCGGUGGCCGUUUGGUCGUCGUCGACUUGGAGGACGUGAAGUGGUUGAAGCGCCCUCAGGCCCUUGACUCAGCGUCUGGCAAUGCACAACGUGGUCAUCGCGUAAAGGUUGGAACUCAGGCAAAGAUUCCUGACCAGCUCAACUACUAUCUGCACAUGACGUCCCCAGGCCCAUGGCUAGGCCUCACUAGUUGA